CGGAAGUGGGGCGGGGAUACCAGCGCGACGCACCGCGGUGGGCGGAAGUGGCUGUGGAAGGCUUUAAGGUAGCUUUAAAUUGCUGCUGUGCUGGGAGCUCGCCCCUUUCGGCUGGAGUCGGGAUCUGCGCCGCCGAAUGGCUCUGGACGUGAAGUCUCGGGCGAAGCGCUAUGAGAAACUGGACUUCCUUGGAGAGGGACAGUUUGCCACGGUUUACAAGGCCAGAGAUAAGAAUACCAACCAAAUCGUCGCCAUUAAGAAAAUCAAACUUGGACAUCGAUCAGAAGCUAAAGAUGGUAUAAAUAGAACAGCCUUAAGAGAGAUAAAAUUAUUACAGGAGCUGAGUCAUCCAAAUAUAAUUGGUCUCCUUGAUGCUUUUGGACAUAAAUCUAAUAUUAGCCUUGUCUUUGAUUUUAUGGAAACUGAUCUAGAGGUUAUAAUAAAGGAUAAUAGUCUUGUGCUGACACCAUCACACAUCAAAGCCUACAUGCUGAUGACUCUUCAAGGAUUAGAAUAUUUACAUCAACACUGGAUCCUACACAGGGAUCUAAAACCAAACAACCUGUUGCUAGAUGAAAAUGGAGUUCUAAAACUGGCAGAUUUUGGCCUGGCCAAAUCAUUUGGGAGCCCCAAUAGAGCUUAUACACAUCAGGUUGUAACGAGGUGGUAUCGGGCCCCUGAGUUAUUAUUUGGAGCUAGGAUGUAUGGUGUGGGUGUGGACAUGUGGGCUGUUGGCUGUAUAUUAGCAGAGUUACUUCUAAGGGUUCCUUUUUUGCCAGGAGAUUCAGACCUUGAUCAGCUAACGAGAAUAUUUGAAACUUUGGGCACACCAACUGAGGAACAGUGGCCAGACAUGUGUAGUCUUCCAGAUUAUGUGACAUUUAAGAGUUUUCCUGGAAUUCCAUUGCAUCAUAUCUUCAGUGCAGCAGGAGACGACUUACUAGAUCUCAUACAAGGCUUAUUCUUAUUUAAUCCAUGUGCUCGAAUUACGGCCACACAGGCACUGAAAAUGAAGUAUUUCAGUAAUCGGCCAGGGCCAACACCUGGAUGUCAGCUGCCAAGACCAAACUGUCCAGUGGAAACCUUAAAGGAGCAAUCAAAUCCAGCUUUGGCGACAAAAAGGAAAAGAACAGAUGCCUUGGAACAAGGAGGAUUGCCCAAGAAACUGAUUUUUUAAAGAGAACACUAGACAACAUUUUACUACUGAAAGAAAUAGUCAAAAAGGCAAAUAAUAGAAAAAUAGUAAACAUUAAGUAAAUGCUGUAGAAGUGAUUUUGUAAAUAUUCUACACAUGUAAAAUAUGUAAAACUAUGGGUUAUUUUUAUUAAAUGUAUUUUAAAAUAAAAAUUCUGUUUUUUUCUGAGUAGAGUGCAGAAGUGAGAAAAGUUCAAUUCUCUUGAAAUGUAGAAUUGAAAAUGCAUCAGGGAAAACUUAAUGCAAAUUAUUACCAGUUACUUUGAAGAUCUG